AUGUGUGACCGGCUGAUGGCGCCGUGCCGGAGGGAAACAACCUUUAACGCCACCGAGCUGUUGAGUCGGAGGAGCAGAGGUUUCAGGGAUGCUGGGACCAUUAUCAGACACAAUAUGAGGGUCCUCAGAGCUCUGCUCCUCCAGGACAACAGGGUUUUCAUGAAAGUAUGGAGCAAGACCUCAAAAUCCACAAUAAUGUAUGAGAAUGGUAAAAUCUACUUUGAGAAUUACCAGAACUGCUACAACUGUGUUCAUUCAGAGCCUCAAGUUCUAUACAGAUUGCCUAAAAGGUCGAAACUGGAGAAAUUUGAGGAUGCCUUGCUGUGUCAGAGCCCACUUGACAAAACAUUAUCCUCCCCCUCUGAUCAUAAACCCAGCCUCUUGGCUCUGACAGCCAAUAACUGGCUGUAUCGCCUUUCAGCUGAAACGGGAGAAGAGCUGCAGAGAGUUUACCUCUCUCCAAACCAUAAAUUCAGGUAUCUUGGCUGGGAUGUUUCUCAAGAGAUGUUUUAUGUUAAAUCUGUUCAAAACAAAGAAACAUCUUUAGAACGACAGGCAGGUAUCACUCAGAAUACAGUGAUGCACCUGGCCAUCUUUCAUGUUUUCCCUUUGCAAGUUGUGGGCAUUUUGGAGAUCAACAAAAAGGUGUUUGGAAAUGGUGUUACCGAUGUGGUUCUGUCUCAGGGUGUCCUUGUGUUGUCUUACAGCAACAAGUCAGUGAAGCUGUACAGCUUUGAGCACAUAAUCCAAAGGUACUUGGCAGAGAAGUUAACACUUGGAAAGCAAAGUUCGCUUCUUGGAGGCAAAACAGUGGGAGAUGUCCCAUUUGGUAUUCCAGUAAACAUCCAGAUCACAGAUUGCCCUCCAGUGCUUUUCGAGGUGUCAUGCUCUAAUAACAGUAUCCAGAUUGGCGGCUACCCAUGGCACUACAUCUAUACACCCCCACAUAAAAAUCACAAGGGGACCCACCACAUCUGUUCACUCAAGGACAGCACCAUGGCAACAAACGGAAUACAAAACAUGAGCUGCUGCUCACUAGAGAGCGAUGGCAUCUUCUUCCACCCUGACGACUCAGGAAGAAUCAUUCAUGUUGGACCUACCAACAUAAAUGUCCUAAAGAUCCUCGGUGAACUGAACAGUGGGUUGCCAUCAAAGGUAGUUGAGGAUUACUCUAUGGCGACCCAUCGAAACAACACUCCCACCUCACAAGUCACUGUAACCUCAUCGGGCCGCACAGUGAAGAGAAGAUUUCAUCAGCUGGAUGAUGACCCAGAUCAAGAGACUUUCCGUAUGGUGGAAUAUGAGGAUGAGCUGGACCUUCUGGCAGUAGUGGUAACUAAUGGUGAGGAGGGAGAAGGAAGAGCCCACAUCCGACUGCACGACAACCAGAACGGGAAGUUACUGCGGACGGUUGAUCUGGUUGAGCCUUGGGAUGAGACUUACCGACACGAGUUGUUCUUUGACAAAGACACAAUUGUUCAUGUUGAACAAAAGAACACCAACUUUUGCUGCCACGUUUACAAACUCUGCUGCCAGUAAUUGAACGAAUGAAGCUCAUGGAAAGCAUUUAUUUUUAUAAAGACUGUGUACAUAUUUGUUUCCAACUUUGUGCAGCUGUUCUGUAAAUCUCAUAAUGCUGUUCACAUCUGGAUCACUGUGUCAUUAUUUCUUUGGUGUGAUUUACACUUGAUAAUAAAGUCUGCACUGUAUUACUGUUAACCAUCUUCUGUCUGACACCUAUAAAUGUUUAUUUUCACUGUUUUGUAUUCAAUUAAAAUGUUCUAUUUUUCCAAGUUA